GUAUUAUGACAGUCCACCUCGAGCAGGGGUGUGGACUUCAUAGCCAAUGUAUUUGGGGCUCGUUCAAAGUGUGUUCACGAUGGCUGGCAAGGCCCAUUCGAAAAGCAACAUGUCCUCACAUUUUAAACUCAUGCCAGUUCAAGGGAUCCCACUAAACUUAUUAACCAAUGACCGUGUUUGACCGUGUUUGACCGUGUUUAAUAGAUGAAUGGGCCAAUGAAGAGGAUUGUGACCACUGCAACACAGUGCGAAUCGCUCUUGCGAAAAUUUUCAGCUUCGAAUUCCCUUUCAGAAACCAAAAAGCUUCAUGCUUUCAUCCUCACCUCUGGCCUUCUCUCUUCCUCCACCAACCUUUCCUCUAAGCUUGCUACAACCUACGCACACUGCCACCAUGCUUCCUAUGCCUCCCACCUGUUUGAUACAUUGCCCCAACGGAGCUUGUUCUCGUGGAACACUAUGAUGAGGAUGUAUGUUCAAAUGGGUCGCCCCCAUGAUGCCCUCAACUUGUUUGUUGAAAUGAUCCACUCGGGUCUGACUCUGCCCGACAACUUCACGUACCCUAUCAUUAUCAAGGCUUGCAGUGACCUGUCCUUCCUUGAUAUGGGUGUUGGGGUUCAUGGGAUGACAUUUAAGGCUGGCUUUGAUUUGGACACAUUUGUUCAGAACUCUUUGCUGGCAAUGUAUAUGAAUGCUGGGGAGAAAGAACAAGCACAGCUGGUUUUUGACUUGAUGAAGGAACAAACCGUCGUGUCUUGGAAUACCAUGAUUAAUGGCUACUUUCGAAAUAACCGUGCAGAGGAGGCGUUAAGGGUUUAUAACAGAAUGAUGGAUGCUGGUGUGGAGCCUGAUUGUGCUACUGUUGUUUCAGUUUUGCCAGCUUGUGGACUUUUGAAGAAUGUGGAGCUUGGGAGAGAGGUUCAUGCGUUGGUCAAGGAGAAAGGGUUUUGGGGGAAUAUGGUGGUCAGGAAUGCGAUGUUGGACAUGUAUGUUAAGUGUGGCCAGAUGAAAGAAGCAUGGUGGUUAGCUAAUGAGAUGGAUGAGACGGAUGUGGUGACAUGGACAACUUUGAUUAAUGGAUAUAUUCUGAAUGGUGAUGCAAGAAGUGCUUUGAUGCUUUGUCGGGUAAUGCUGUUGGAAGGAGUGAAGCCAAAUUUAGUUAGUGUAGCUUCUCUGCUAUCUGCCUGUGGCAGUUUUGGUUCUUUGAACUAUGGCAAGUGCCUUCAUGCAUGGGCAAUAAGGCAAAAGCUUGAGUCUGAGGUCAUAGUAGAAACUGCCUUGAUUGAUAUGUAUGCCAAAUGCAAUUGUGGCAACCUCAGUUAUAAAGUGUUCAUGAAAACCUCUAAAAAGAGAACAGCCCCAUGGAAUGCUCUUCUAUCUGGGUUCAUACAUAAUAGCCUUGUAAGAGAAGCAAUACAACUCUUUAAACAAAUGUUAGUGAAAGAUGUACAACCUGACAAUGCAACCUUUAAUAGUCUUCUUCCUGCAUAUGCUGUUCUUGCUGACCUCAAACAGGCAAUGAACAUACAUUGUUACCUUAUAAGGUCAGGAUUUCUUUACAGACUUGAAGUAGCAAGUAUUCUAGUUGACAUAUACUCAAAGUGUGGAAGUUUAGGAUAUGCUCACCACAUUUUUAAUAUAAUUCCUCUGAAGGACAAGGAUAUUAUUAUUUGGAGUUCCAUAAUUGCUGCUUAUGGAAAGCAUGGGCAUGGAGAAAUGGCCGUGUCACUUUUUAAUCAGAUGGUUCAAUCUGGAGUGCAACCAAAUCAAAUCACAUUCACCUCUGUUCUGCAUGCAUGCAGCCAUGCCGGUUUGGUGGAUGAGGGUUUGUCUCUGUUCAAGUUUAUGCUUAAACAACAUCAAAUUAUUCCUCUUGUUGAUCACUAUACAUGCAUCAUUGAUCUUCUUGGUCGUGCUGGUCAAUUGAAUGAUGCUUAUAAUCUUAUUAGAACAAUGCCUAUAAAACCUAACCAUGCUGUAUGGGGUGCACUACUUGGCGCUUGUGUGAGUCAUGAGAAUGUUGAACUGGGAGAGGUGGCUGCUAGGUGGACUUUUGAGCUUGAACCUGAAAACACUGGAAACUAUGUUCUGUUGGCAAACCUUUAUGCUGCUGUAGGAAGGUGGAGAGAUGCAGAGAAUGUUAGAGAUAUGGUAAAUGUGGUAGGAUUGAGAAAAUUACCUGCUCAAAGUUUAGUUGAGGUGAGAAGUGAGUGAAGUAGAUGGGCUCAUAUAGAUCACAAUGCCAGCUAACCACAUUGUCCAAAACGAGGGAUGAAGGACAUUUGUUUGAAAAGUUGAAAUGGCCCAAUACCGACUUAGUAUGUUCUAAUAAUAUUUUUCUAUAUUCAUUUGCCAAUACCUUGUCUGUGAAUUUACUAACUGUUGUCCAUAUACAGAGAGUGCAAGUCAAAAGAUUGUACUCUCUGCUGACUAUCAAAGAGUCAGCUUCAAGCAUUCCUAAAAAUCUUGAGGCUAGGCGAAGGCUAGAGUUUUUCACAAACUCACUUUUUAUGAAGAUGCCUCGUGCAAAGCCAGUUAGAGAAAUGUUAUCCUUUAGUGUUUUCACCCCUUAUUAUUCUGAGGUUGUGCUUUACAUCAUGGCUGAACUCCUAAAGAAAAAUGAAGAUGGCAUUUCAAUUUUGUUCUACCUGCAGAAGAUAUAUCCAGGUAGUUUUUACUUCAUUUUGCUGAAAUCAGAAUAUCAGAUCAUAACUGGAUGGCAUUAUGUAGUGCUAUAUGUAUUACUUUCCAGCAAAAAUCGAGUAUGUAGGUGCACUGAAUGACACGGAAAAUCGAAGGAGCCAACCUGGCGAAUGGGGAGAAGACACGCGAAAUCUGAGUGAAGCAUGAGAAUUAAGAACAUCACGACACAUCAUCAGGGAAUGGAGGGUAGAAAGGAGAGUGUGCCACAUUGGAAUUCCACUCACCGUAAGAUUGCACCAGAGAAGAGAAUGCAUGUGGUUGCGACACAUCAACAUUUAGUUCUUAGAACCUUUGCUCUUUUAAUAUGUAUAUUGAUUGAUUGAUUGAUAUUGAUAUUGAUGAUAUUGAUGUUGGUGAACAACACAACAUAGAGAGACACAUUUAAGAAAUUGGUACCUUUGGAAAGCAAAGAUCAAGCAUUUCCAACUCACAACAGUUCGAUCAUAACAUUCCAUCUCUGGAAAAGAUUCCAUGCGGGGGGUUGUGUACCCUCAUGGGUCCAAACUUUGCUCAUGUCAUUAUAGAUAAGCCUUGAGCGGGGGGUUGUGUACCCUCAUGCCCGAUCUUACUAGGAUGUUCCACCUCGAACAAAGGCGUGAAGGUGACAAAUAUUUCAAACUCUUGAGAGGUAUUAGCAUAAACUGCAUAAGUCUGUUAGCUUAUCAUCUCCAACUUUGAGUGGUUGUGUACUCUCAUGCCUGAGCGUAUUAUGACAAUCCACCUUGAGCAGGGGUGUGGUCUUUAUAGCCAAGGUACACCGAGCUCGUUCAAAGUUUGUUCACGAUGACGAGGCCCAUCAAAAAGCAACAUGUCCUCACAUUUGAACUAAUGUAAGUUCAAACGAUCACACAUGACAAUAAAGGGGAACAUAUCGCAAAAUAACUAAUGCUCAUUAUAAUAGUGAUAAGGUUUUCUAUGCACUUGACUUACUCCUAUACCAUGUAACCUUUAGUAUUCACAAGUGGUUGAGAGAAACUUUUAUGAGUUGUUUCAAUGCGUGAGAACUAAAUCUAAAAGAUAGAAAAUAAUUUAUUUAUGAGUACGUCUUCACAUUAGACAAGCUAUACCGAACCCGCAAAAGAA